GUCCGGUUCACUGUCUCCAGCCUGACAGCGACAGAAGCUAGCGAGAAGGUUCAAGCUGCGCCCACAAGGGUGACGACAAAAUGUGUUUUUUUUAGACAUGGUCACAAUGGCGCUGACAUCGGACACUUGAUUUGUAACCUGACCCAAGACGGCCAAUGAAACAAACCAUUCAUUGGUUGUUAUUAUUAAGCCGGAUGUUAAAUGUAUCGCUUUUUCGGCGGAUCAUAUACAACCCUAACCAAAACCCAAACCUAACCCUAACAUCAACAUAUUUUCAGCAGUAUUUUUUUUAAAUUUGUUUCUGAUUUUUUAGUUAUUAUUAUUAUUAUUUUUAAAUUUUUAUUUCCGUGUUACGUUGUCUCGCUAGCUUCACUUCCGGUGUCUUCACCCCUCUGAGCACGUAUGUAAUUGGACGCGACUUGGAGUGGGCGGGACUUAGACCUAAACUGGGCGGGACUUAGACCUAAACUGGACGCGACUUGGAGUAGUUGUGCGUGGCCGCAGCAGGAUAUAGCAGAAGUUAGCCUAGCUCAGACAGAACUAUUUUCCUUUCGCCCUGUUCGUUCCGGACACCCGGCGCUCCCGCCCGCCCGGCGCCAUGCGCGCUCCCGUGCGUGUCGCGCUGCUCCUGUGUGUCGUCAGCGCGGCUGCGAGUCGUCAGUUCACCGAGGACGACAUGCAUGACGUCAGACAGCGAAUCAAAGGCAUGUUCUACCACGCCUACAACAGUUACCUGGACAACGCCUACCCUUACGACGAGCUCCGCCCCCUUACCUGCGACGGCCAGGACACUUGGGGCAGUUUCUCGCUGACGCUCAUCGACGCCCUGGACACCCUGCUGGUGCUGGGGAACCAGACGGAGUUCCAGCGCGUGGCGUCGCUCCUGCAAGACACCAUCAACUUCGACAUCGACGUCAACGCCUCCGUGUUUGAAACCAACAUCAGAGUGGUGGGUGGUCUGCUGUCGGCCCACAUGCUGUCUGGCAGGGCCGGAAUGCAGCUGGAGCCCGGCUGGCCGUGUUCUGGUCCCCUUCUGAGGAUGGCAGAGGACGCCGCCAGGAAGCUGCUGCCAGCGUUCCAGACGCCCACCGGAAUGCCGUACGGCACGGUCAACCUGCUGCGCGGCGUCAGUCCCACCGAGACGCCCGUCACCUGCACCGCCGGUGUCGGCACCUUCAUCCUGGAGUUCGCCACGCUCAGCCGACUCACCGGAGACGCCACGUUUGAGGACGUGGCUCGCCGGGCCCUGAGGGUGCUCUGGAACACCAGAUCUGACAUCGGACUGGUGGGCAACCACAUCGACGUCCUGUCCAGGAAGUGGGUGGCGCAGGACGCCGGCAUCGGAGCGGGCGUGGACUCCUACUUUGAGUACCUGGUGAAAGGCGCCAUCUUGCUGCAGGACGAGGAGCUGCUGCAGAUGUUUGAGGCGUACGACCGCGCCAUCCAGAACUACACGCGCUUCGACGACUGGUACCUGUGGGUCCAGAUGCACAAAGGAACCGUGUCCAUGCCCGUCUUCCAGUCCCUGGAGGCCUUCUGGCCCGGCCUGCAGUCUCUGCUGGGGAACCUGGACGCGGCCGUGAGAACCUUCCAGAACUACUACUCGGUGUGGAGGCAGUUUGGAAGUCUACCCGAGUUCUACAGCAUCCCUCAGGGUCACAGCGUGGACAAGAGGGAGGGCUACCCGCUCAGACCCGAGCUGAUGGAGAGCGCCAUGUACCUGUUCCGAGCCACGGGGGACCACACCUACCUGCAACUGGGCCUCGACGCCCUGGAGUCCAUCGAGAAGAUCGCCAAGACGCCUUGCGGCUACGCCAGCGUGAAGGACGUGCGAGAUCACCAGCUGGACAACAGGAUGGAGUCCUUCUUCCUGGCCGAGACCCUCAAGUACCUCUACCUGCUCUUUGACCCCGCCCACUUCCUGCACGGCGGCGGGGCCGAGUCGUGGGAGGAGGGUGGCGAGGACGGUGAGUGCGUGCUGAGCGCGGGCGGCUACAUCUUCAACACGGAGGCACACCCUCUAGACCCGGCGGCGCUCCACUGCUGCAGCCGACACGCCCGCGAGCGCCAGGAGCUGCGCGACAUCCUGCUGGGCGAGCGCUCGGCGCCGCCCGCCUCGCACGCCGACGACCACCCGCCCGGACGAUCCCAAAGCAUCGCUUUGAAGCCCGGCAAGAGGAAGACGGCGCCCACGCUGUCCUGUCCCGUCCAGCCUUUCAGCGCUCGCCUGGCCGUCCUCGGGCAGGUUUUCACAGACAACACCUGACCUCGUACGUCAUGUGACACUUUGGGACGUCCUUUUGGCUCUGGGAGCCAUCUUGGUUUGGUCACGUGACCUCUGUGGGAUUAAAGUCUAUUUUUAUUACA